AUGAGUGAGAAGAAGAGGCAAAUGCAAUGCAGGGAGCCCAAAAUUUGCCUAAUUUUAGCAAUUCUUUCACUCUUUCCCACUCUUACGCUGUCCGAGAUAUUGUUUGAUUAUUCCGAUGCUCUCUCGAAAAGCCUCCUCUACUUCGAGGCCCAGCGGUCGGGCCGCCUGCCGUACAGCCAGAGAGUGACGUGGCGCCACCACUCCGGCCUCACCGACGGCCUCGAACAGGGGGUGGACUUGGUGGGAGGGUACUAUGAUGCCGGGGACAACGUGAAGUUUGGUCUGCCGAUGGCUUUUACGAUAACGAUGCUGUCGUGGGGAGUGAUCGAAUUCCGGGAUCAGAUAGCCGCCGCCGGCGAGCUCACACAUGCCCUCCAAGCUAUUAAAUGGGGGACCGAUUAUUUCAUUAAGGCGCACUCUAGUCCCCAUGUUCUCUGGGCACAGCAGGUGGGUGAUGGGGACACCGACCACCUGUGCUGGCAGCGGCCGGAGGACAUGACGACGUCCCGCCGGGCAUACAAGCUGGACGAGCAAAAUCCGGGCACGGAGGUCGCGGCGGAGACGGCGGCUGCUAUGGCGGCGGCGGCGCUCGUGUUCAGGAGAUCAAACCCACACUACGCCCACCUUCUUCUGGAGCACGCGCAGCAGUUAUUUGAGUUUGGUGACAAGUACAGAGGCAAAUAUGACGAGAGUAUAGAGGGAGCAAAGAGAUAUUACUCGUCUGUGAGCGGGUACAUGGAUGAGUUGUUGUGGGCAGCUUUGUGGUUGUAUAAGGCCACCGACAAUGUACAUUACUUGAAUUAUGCCAUUCACAAUGCCUAUUCUUAUGGUGGGAUCACUUGGGCCGUCGCCGAAUUCAGCUGGGACGUUAAAUACGCCGGUCUCCAAAUCAUUGCCUCUAUGUUGCCAACGGAAGGCAAAACCGAGCAACAAAAGCAAAUCCUUGAACAAUAUCGGUCAAAGGCAGAACACUACAUAUGUGCGUGCUUGGACAAGAACAAUUCUACUAACGUGAGGCGCACCCCAGGUGGACUCCUCUAUACCCGCCAAUGGAACAACAUGCAGUACGUUUCCACUGCACUAUUCCUACUCACAGUCUACUCCCAACACCUCAGCUCGACCAAUAAAACCCUCAGAUGCCACAGGGGCCCCGUGGAGCCCAUUGAGAUCCUUUCCUUAGUCCAGUUGCAAGUCGCCUACAUUCUGGGCGCAAACCCAAUGGGCUUGAGCUACUUGGUUGGGUAUGGGCCCGCUUAUCCACGUAGAGUCCACCAUAGGGGUGCAUCCAUGGAGUCGUAUAGAGAUAGUAAAGUUUUUGUUGGGUGUACUCAGGGGUAUGAUACCUGGUAUGGACGCCAGGGCCCGAAUCCCAACGUUUUGGUUGGAGCCCUUGUUGGUGGGCCCGAUAGAAAUGACGAGUUUGAUGAUAGAAGGGGAAACUUCAGGCAAACCGAGGCAUGUACGUACAAUACAGCUCCACUGGUUGGAGUUUUUGCGAAACUAAGCACGUUACAAGGAAAGAGUCGAUCGAGUUCUAGUGCUUCUUCUGGCUCCUCCUCACUUGUCUCCAUCAUUUGA